AUGUGGGACCCAGAAUACCCCCACGUGUCGAAGAGUGAAAGUGGUGCCCCACCUGUUGACGAAACAGAGUGCGACACGUAUCCCUCAUGGACUCUCCCACCACGAGGGACCACUUUGGAAAGGCCGGCUCGAGAUCGGUGUGUAAACGGUCCCGUAGGGUCCACCCAUUGCCCUCACACUCCUACCUUUGGGGCCCGCACCCACCCUCACAUGACCACCUCAGUAGGUGGGCCCCAUCUUCACCAACAAACAAAUUAA